GCGGCGGCAGCGGCCUCGGGCGCCCUGCUCAGCGCCUAUCUGGAGCGCCACGGUCCUCCCGCGGCCUCCGAGUCGCCGGCGCCAGGCGGGGCCUUGGCAGGCGGCCCCGGGGGCGGCGGCGGCGUGGUGGUCGGGGUGGCGGAGGUGAGAAGCUGGCGUUGCUGCUGCCUCGGCAGCACCUGUUGGUGCCGGAGCCUCGUGCUGGUGUGCGCGCUGGCCGCCCUGUGCUUUGCUUCCCUGGCCCUGGUCCGCCGCUAUCUGCAGCAUCUCCUGCUCUGGGUGGAGAGCCUCGACUCUCUGUUCGGCGUCUUGCUCUUCGUCGUGGGCUUCAUUGUGGUCUCGUUCCCCUGCGGCUGGGGCUACAUCGUGCUCAAUGUGGCUGCCGGCUACCUGUACGGCUUCGUGCUGGGCAUGGGUCUGAUGGUGGUGGGCGUCCUCAUCGGCACCUUCAUCGCCCAUGUGGUCUGCAAGCGGCUGCUCACCGCCUGGGUGGCCGCCAGGAUCCAGAGCAGCGACAAGCUGAGCGCCGUCAUUCGCGUGGUGGAGGGAGGAAGCGGCCUGAAGGUGGUGGCGCUGGCCAGACUGACCCCCAUACCUUUUGGGCUUCAGAAUGCAGUGUUUUCGAUUGCUGACCUCUCAUUACCCAACUAUCUGAUGGCGUCUUCGGUUGGACUGCUUCCUACUCAGCUUCUGAAUUCUUACUUGGGUACCACCCUGCGGACAAUGGAAGAUGUCAUUGCAGAACAGAGUAUUAGUGGAUAUUUUGUUUUUUGUUUACAGAUUAUUAUAAGCAUAGGCCUCAUGUUUUACGUAGUACAUCGAGCCCAAGUGGAGUUGAAUGCAGCUAUUGUAGCUUGCGAAAUGGAACUGAAAACCUCACUGGUUAAAGGCAAUCAACCAAAUACCAGCGGCUCAUCAUUCUACAACAAGAGGACCCUAGCAUUUUCUGGAGGUGGAAUCAAUAUUGUAUGAUUCUAGAGAAAUGUGUGAUUGUACUAGUGUGCUGUCCAAGGUCUAGAAGUCACUUUGUUAGUGGCAGAGACAAUUUCUAUUUGUAUUACGGCACAAACAAAACUGACUAGUUUUUAAAUUGCACAAUUUUUUUAAAGCAAGAAUCACUUUCUGGAUAUGUAAAAUGUAAAUGUAGAUGCAAUUUUGGCUGUACCUCUUUAUCAUGCCUGUAAUGGCCUAUAGGUCUGCACUUUAGUGUUUUUUAAUACUUUUAUUUCUGGGUACUUAUGAACAGAGAGAUAACCCAAACAUUUUUCUCUGCUAAGUGUCUUUAUUUAUAAAAUUCAUAAAUAGUUGUAUGCAUCUUACCUAUAAAGAUGAGUAAAAGUAUGCAGUUUUAAAUGUAUGUUAUUGGAUGUUCUUUGCUUAGGUAGUCUUUCCAGAAGGAAUAAACAGUGUUGUUUUGUUUUGUUUUGUUUUAUUGUUUCAAAUGGGACCACUUUGCUUCCCUUUUCCUUAUUUGUUAGGAAAUGGACAUUAACUUUCAGUUGAAUGUAUCUUUGCAAGCAUCACAUUAAUGCAGGGCCAUUUACAUCUUUUCACACAAGCUUAAAUCCUACGUUGUGGGACUGAAGUGCUCUUAAGAUAAAUAUCUUUUUAUUUUCACUGUGUAAUAUGCAAAGCAAAAGGGAAAUUAUUUAGUGGGUAGUGGCUCAAAAUUAGAACUUGUGUUCUAAUUUGGUUAUAUUGGCUUUACCCUCCUUUUAUCUUUCAUCAAAGGGCUGUCCCAUUACAAUCUUACUAAAACAUUUUAUUAAAAUAAACUUUUUUCCUUUUUGUAUUAAUAAUUAGGCUUUGAAAUAAAGAUAUUAUUCCUUUAAAAUGGUGGGCCUGCCAUCAUUGAAGGUGUCACUCGGGUGGCCUUGUUUAAUCAAAACGCCUUUUGAAAAAACAAAGCUUUAAAAUCAUGUUUAUAGUUCCAUUGAAAUAUUUAUAUAUUUGUUUCUAUAGUCUUCAGCUUUAAAACUAUAAAUAAAAUUAACUUAAUGCCCAGAUUUGUAUUGUAUGCCCAACUAUAGGUAAAUUUAUUUUGUUUUGUUUUUUGGUACUUAUUUUUCUCUGAUAAGACUCAGGAAUUCUGAAAUGUGAAAUUAAGUGUCUGAUUCUUUCUCUAGUAGCAUGAAAUCAAGUGUAUUAAUAGCACUUAUGACUGUAGAAUAUAAUAAUUUGGCAUAUAAUUCAUAUGACAAUGCGAUAUUCAUUAAUCGCCUUCAUUUUUAAAAGAGUGUAAGUGUGCAAUUAAUGAUUAGUCUUUACCAAUGAGAAAAUAGUUAUUGUGGAGAUUUUCUGUUAUGCAUCUCCUUUUUGUACAUGAGUAUUCCAACUUAUCAGAGACCUCUUAUUUGCCCUUUCAUUAAAGGGUAAAACUUUUACCCUGACUUACUCAACUACAAAGGAAUUCUUUGGAAGCUGAUUAUUCUAGUCUUGUGCUAGAGAUUAAUUUUGCCCUCUGCAGAUGUAAUUGUUUUCCUUUUCUUUACAGUGCAUAUAUUCUCUUACCUUGGAGUAACAGUAGAAAACUUCAGUGCAGAUAUUCUGAGAGGCACCUGAGUACUGCACAUAGUUGGCCUCCAAAUCCUCCCUUCUGUUAUUGGUAGGGGAAUAAUUAUAUAUAGUGUUAGAAUAUUUGUAUUCUUUUUUUUGGAGUCCUAAUUAUUCAGUUUUUAAAAUUAGUUUAAUGAUCCUAUUGAACAAUACAUUUUAUUUGUUUUUCUCUAACUUCUCAACAUGUUUCUUUUGCUUCUUGUUUGUCAAUUAGUUUUUGUUAAAGGACUCAUUAUUUAAGAUCACUGUUUUUAUACUUGUUCUAUACUUCACAUAUUUUGAAGUGCAUUUAUUUACUCAGCAUUUGUGACUUGAAUAACCUCACCAAAUGAAUACCUUUUGGUAGUUUGUAAUACGUUCUUCCAAAUGUUACACUUUGCGUGGUACUUAUACUAAAUAUGAAAAGGUAAAAGAGAAAUAAUUUUUCUGUAUUCUGCCAAUCAUAAUUUUAUAUAAUAAAUCAUCCAUUUUUUUCCUUAAAAUAGUAUGGAUUGACUAUUUCUGAAACACUAAUCUGUAACUGCAGUUUUCUUUUUUGUCAGCAUUACCAGACUCCAAAUAAACAGCAGUCCAUUAUAACAUCAUGCUGUUAGGAGAAUUUGGUUGUUGGCUGUUGUAUUCACUGUAAAUUAUGGACCGCAUUACUAUGGCUAUGUGCUCAGUCUUUAACCCUGCAUCCCACUCAUGACAGCAACACAUUUCUAUGGGAUUUUUUUAAUGUUGUCCAAAUUUUGCCUCUAAUCAUAUAUAUUUUUAAAUGCCUCCAUUUUUGAAUAUUUGUAGAAAUGAAAUGGUUUUGAUUUCUUAAGCUGCUUAAGUGCAGAAUAAAGUUGCUUUAUUUUCAUUUAAAGAAGCAUAAAGUCCACUUAUUUUCCAAAUGAGAUAAAAGAUAUAUUCUAUUUUGAGUUUCCAGGGCCUUUCCCUAAGUUUUCCAUAUUUUUAUGAUAUAUUGUUUACUGUUUGCCAAAUCUUGCUGUAUAAAUUACAAGUACUUUCUUGUCCAUUUUUAUUUAAUCAUCUGAUUUGUUAAAUAACUUGAAAUUUAUACUCUUUGUUUUGUGAAAAUAAGAUAACCAAAUCUCUGUCAUUAGAGUGUACAUUUUGAAUUUAUGUUCAUAAGUCAUUGAAUUUAUUCAAAACCAGCCAUAUUCUCUUGGAUGCCCUCUGUAACAACUGCAGACCUUUCUAAGCGAGCUUCCAUUGAGAAAGUCAGGACAUUUUCUUCCUUGCAAAGCUGUUAAAUUCAGUAGUUAUUCUUAUCUGUCCUUACUGUAACUGAUGUAAAUGGCGAGGUGCAUACACACAUCCAGCAUUACUAUUCGGUAAUGCACAGUACUGACAAGGGUGCUUCUUAGGGAGCGUGUUGUGCUGGGACUUAACAUUCAUUAGUAUUUGUUAGUUGUAGGGCUUUCUUAGAAAGCUUGAGAAAAUGCUUAGGUAUAUGUCAGUUCAGUGCAAGUAAAUCCUUACAUAUGUGGUAAAUCCAUGCCAUUCACAGCCGAGCAACAUCUGCAGAAAAAAAAGAGGUUUUUUUGCAGACUUAAGGAACAUUUCUGAGUUGAAUUGAUGGACUUGGUGGGGGAAUUUUGUUUCAGUCAGAAGCUACUCAUUGUUUCAAAAUGAUUGUUAGUAUUACACUGUCAGGUGUUUAGAUUGGAUAUUGCUGAUUUCUGUUGUAAUAUAGCAUUUAGGAUAUAAUUUUUUGAAGGGUCACUGCAUAAAGCUGAGAAGUCAUUUUUAAAAGGUCGGGUAUGGUGGCACAUGCCUGUGAUCCCAGCACUUGGGAGACUGAGGCAGGAGGAUAACUGGGUUCAAGGCCAGCUUAGGCUACAGAGUGAGUUCAAGGCCAACCUGGACUACAUGGCAAGACCCUAUCUCAACAAAAACAGAUGAAAGGGGAGAGGAAUUCCUAUUCCACAGGCUAUUUAAGACUCAGAAGUUUAAAUGAACUGAUGUACUGAACAUAAACUGUUAACUUAUUCCACAACUCAAUUAUAAUCACUGCUUCUGAACUGUAAAGAGAUUGCUGCAAACUAUUUUCAAGGUGGCUAAAGAUUUAAACUAAAUAAUUUUAAAGGUGAAUCAGUAAAAUGUCUUGGUAACUAGUAUCCCAAAUCACUUGUGUGCCUGAGAAAAUAAAACGUAACAUUUUAUUUUCUCUCUCUUUUCUCUUUCUUUUUCAUGAAUGUAGAGACAUGUCCCAUGGGAGCGAGCAGUUCAGGGGAAAGAGAGGAUGUGCAUUUAAAAAUGAAAAUGCUUACAGUCAACCCACGUGCUAUGAUCAUAGCAGAGGCCCUGUGGAGAAAUAGUUCUGAUGUCUUACGUUGACACUUACUCUUCAGUGUUUUCUAAAGCUGUACCACUAAGUCAAAAAAUAUCACCUGCCAGCCAAACAAUUGUUAACCCUUUGUCCAGAGCUGUGAUAAUGUUUAUGAUGCUUUUCAUGAAGUCAGAGAACUUUCAGCAAUCUAAUUUUCUGCUUUCCAUGAAUUUCCUUAAGGGCACAUUGCUGCUGCCAUAAAACUUUCAUCUUAGCACUCACCACUAUUGCAUAUGUUUUGCUAACCCUUUAGGGUCAGAAGUGCCCAGGGGCACAUGGGGUAACCACUGCUUUCAGCCAGGGGCUGCAGUGGUGCCCUCCUUAGAUCAGUGUGUUGGCAUUGUAAUGUGCUCAUCACUCAGGGCAGAGCUGUGGUCUCUAUGGUUGACACUAGAGUUCAUAUCAGCACUCUUGAGCGUGGGAGAAUGUACAUAUUAUGAGUUAAAUAUUGAGCAUUGUAUACCUGAUAGUGUUAAAUUCUUUGUAUAGAGUAAAUUCAUAGUUAAUCAUUUUCCCAGGUUUCAAAAAGUUGAUUAUCCAAAUUGUGUAAUUACUGAUACCACUAUCUUAAAGGUGGCUCAGUAUUUUGUAAAGUAUUGUGCUAGGUGAGAAAGUUGAAAAAUCACAAAAUAUAUACUGAAAUUGAAUAGAAAAGAGUGGACAGGAUAUUUACUGAAGCAAAAGAGAAUAAUUGAAAAUUAUAAAAUUCUCACAAUAGGUGUAUAAUUAGAGUGGAAUGUUUUAAUGUAAAUAUAUUCAUCCUAAGACCCAUGACUAACAAAAAGUAGUAGAAGCCAGUAGGGAAGUAGUCCUUGAUUCUUUGUUAGUUAUAAGGCCAUUUUUCAUAUAAAUAUUUGCAUGGUCUGUUCAAUACUCUUUAUCUCUUAAGGUCUUGCCUUAAGUUCACCUUGGCAGGGAGAGGAAGGGAACUGAGUAGUUUUCCACCCCAUUUUUUUCAGUUAAUUACUCUCGUUUUAACUUUAUUAACUGGCUUUGUGUCAUCACAAUUCUACUCUAAAUUUUCAAUAGAAUAUCUUUGCUUGGAAUCCAUGUAUUAUAUAGGUGUCGUAGCAAUGCAUUAAAUUAUUAGAUGGACUUGGAAUAGAUUCUGGCAACACUGAACCUGAGAACAUCUUUCCUCCCCUUCACUUGGCUGCUGGGUGCAGAUGAGGCCUCUGAUGGGGAUCUUGGCAGGAAAACUAAGGCAGGAUUUGGCCUGCAUGGGCCUGCUAGUGUCAGUAGUGGGAAAGACAGAUGAGCCACACAUCCCAAAGACUUUGUCUUUGGGCUUUUGAAAGGCAGUUUGAUACUGGGAAUCACCAAAGUAUAUCACACUCUCUGAUGACCUCUGACCAAGGGAGAGCUGAAUGGGCUAAGUGUCUCCUACUGACUGGGAAGGAGAAGAUUCAGGAAUACCAGAUGCAUAGCAGCUUCCUCCUUAAAACUUAAAGCCUGCCUGCUUCCCGAUCCUCCAGCCUUGCUGAUGUUUUGUGUUAAUGCAGCAUUGUUACUAGUGUCAAGCAACUGGAAACAAACAGAACACAGUUCAUGGGGGAGUGGUUGAUAAAGUAUGACACGUGCAUGGCCUGGAAGAGUAAACAGCCAUUAGGAUGGAUGAACUAGAUGUACAGUCAUGAGUUAGGGGGAUUUCCAUAGAAUAUUGUUUGUGAAAGAAACAAGAUACAGAAAACUAAAAAUGCAGUUUUAAGAAAAAAGUCCAAUCUCCUGUGUGUAUCCAUGUGUGCAUACAAACAUCUGCAUCUCCUCCUGUAGGAGUAUAUGAGUAGAGAUAGGAAUAUGGAAGGAAACCUACUGGUGUCCUUUCUUCCAGCCCUUGUUUCUUGGAUAGGUGAUAUGAGAAAUUAAGUUACUUUCUCUAUGCUUCAGUUUCCUCACCUGUGUGUUAACUACCUACUUCAUAGGGUAAUUGUGAGAAUUAAAGAGGUUUAGUGUAGAGUUCUACUUGGUAGGUACUAAGCACACAAUAAAUGUUAGCUGUUACUACCUGAACCCAAGUCAUUCUUAGGUGAGAAGCAGUUUAGUGUUUCAGUGUGUAUUUGGCAGACUGAGAUGAGAACGGCAGGAAAAAAUAAUAAAAUGCUUACCUGGUUCAUGUCUUUACAAAGCACACAGAGAAGGUACAGAGACAACAUAUAAGCAAAAUAACAAGCAGACAGUACUUCCAGGACAAAAAAAGUCAAUAUAAAAUUCAGCUAGCAGAAACUGAAUAAUGAAAGAAAUGCUUAGAGAAAUCAUUGAAUUAGGGAAAGGACUGGAGAUAUUUCUUAAAGAAGACAUAAUUAUUAUCUUGUUUUUGCAUUCUACAGGUAGGGACUGUAAAGAACAGGGUUCUUAAAAAGCUCUCUGACCAAAAAUGAUUAAGAAACAUUGAAGUGAAAGGUGAAAGUUGUGCAAACAGGCAAAAUCUUUUUUUAGUGAAUUUCAUUUCAAGUCAAUACUAAAUCCCCCUCCCCAGUGACUACCUGUACCACCACCUUUUUUAGAUUCUGAAGCUAACAUUUAACUUAGACUGAUUUGAAUGUUUUACACAAGCUCUUUUCUUCAUUUAGUUGAUUCUAAAUUCAUUACAUUCUUAUUUGUAAUGGCAGUUUUCCUUUUGUCAGUACAGUUCUUUACAUUAGUGAGAAAAAAGAUUUUAAUUUUCUGAAUUUCCAUCAAAUCAGUCUUUUUUUCAGAAAAUACAGAAAGUCAGCUAUGUAUCAGGCACUUGCUGAACUUUGGGAUUACAGAGUCAGAACUAUCAGAGGAACUCCCUCUUAGUGGGAAAGGUGGAAAAGUGACAACAUGAUAGCAGUGCAGUGCGAGUGGGUCCAUAGUAAAGGUCUAUGCCACAGAAGCUAAAGGAAUGAUAAAGUAAAACCAGGAGUGGUGGCAGGGACACGGGUCACCAGAGUUGGAGGGAGAGGCAGGGGUCAGAAAGUAUGCUGUGUUAGUGAUUGCUGAAUUGACCUUGAAUAGAUUGAUGCAAAUUGUCCAAGGGAAGAGGAAGAGAACUAACAUUCAGACAAAGACCUAAGAAAGGAAUGCCAAAUAGUUGAAUACAAGUAGAAUAUCAGGGCAAGAGGGAGAAUAGUGAACCAAGGCUUGAGAAAUGCAACAUAUGUUUAUGUACUAUAAAUAUCAUGUGAAUGGAUUCAUAUACAAUAUCAAGUGUGGGUUUUAUAUUUAUGUAUAAGAAUGUACUGAAGUGCCAAUAGUGUCUGUAUUUUAAAUCAUACUUGGCAGUUUGAAGGAAUUGAAGAUUCCAAGUCAAGAUUACCAGUCUGAAAGUUUAUCAGGGGAGAAUGAAGAAGGCUAGAAAUAAUAUAUAACAAUAAAUACAGAAAAGGUUAUAUUUGAGAGGUGUAGAAAAGAAAUAUGGCCAGUGUAGAAGGUAGGAUGGCAAAUGGGGGAAGAAACUGUGACAGCUCCUCAGUUACUAGUAUGGAUGGUGGCUUAAGUAUGAACAGUUUGGAGAUGGACGAGGAGAUCGAAACACCUCUGUGCAUGAAGAUGCAUAGUGUGAAAAUCAAGUACUGCAGAGAUAGAACUUAGAGACAGAGGUUUGGAAGCCAUCAACAUACAUAGGUGGUAUGUGAAGUUUUUGGUUUGUAUUUGGUCCCAAGGGAGAAUAAUGGUAAUAAUCACAGGACCACGCAGGAGAAUAGUGUCCUCGGGAGGGGACUGACAGACCAGCCUGAGAGGGCUUCCAAGAGGAACUUGCUAGAAAUACAAUACUGUUGAAUACUGGGGAAACACAUUAAGGAUGAAAACAUGUUAAACUUAGCACUUUAGGCAGACAUUGAUAGCUUGAUGACAGUAAUUACACAGAAGCCCUGCUAGACUGUGCUCAGGUGUAAUUGUUGAGGAAGUAGAAACUGCAAAUGUAGACCAUUCUGAAUAAUUUUGGCAGCAGAAGCAGGAAGAAUAUAGAAAUCCUUGAAUUUAAUUGAGAGAGACCAGCUUUGCUAAGGGAUUUGCAUCAUAUUCAUACCUCUAAGUUUUACAUGUCUCUUCAAGCUUUGAUACAUGUAUUGUGUAAUUUUAAAUUUUAAAAAGAUACUGAAUUAAAGAGAAACAAGCUGUAAUAGGGGAGAGAUGAAAAGAUAAAAGAGGUAGGUCAAUAGUUCUCUCACAUUUAAGUUACCCAUAGAACUUUGAAAAAAUGACCAUCCAUGCCUGGCCAUUAUCACCUAUUCAUCACAGUGGUAGAUAGGACCUGUUCAUAGAUACUUUUUUCAAAAGCUCCAGCUAAUUCUGAUCUCAAGUGAGGGUUAAGAACCACUGAGGAAAGACUCCUUCUGUUAAGAUGUAAUGACUGAAGCAUGUUUACAUUCUGUAAUUUAUGUUACUGUUUUAACUCAUUGAUUUGAGAUGCCCUCAGUUUAUAUCACAUUCGAUACUACAGAAGUAAAUAGAGCACUGUCCUGGAAGUUGUGACAUGAUGCAGGUUAUGGUGAUGAUUAUCAAUUAGCUGCAUAAUUGUGUGCUGGUCAAAACAUUUCCAUAUGUAGACAAGCAUUGAGGUUAUGAUCCUUAAGUUCUGUUCUAUUCUAAACGAAAUGCAUUGUUCUUGGGUACAAAAUGAUGCUGGGAUCAUCUGCAGUAAGUGGCUGGAAAUGCUUAGGAAUUUUUUUAAAGUAAGAAAGAAGGUCUUAAAAUUCUUUUGUUGGGCACAAUCAUGGCUCUCUAGAGUAAGUAACCAAUUUGUAUCUGUCGCUGGAGAUAAUUUCAACUCUAAUCAGUUUUAGGAUGGUUCACAGGAUGAGCCCAAUCCUAGACCAUCCUUAGAGAACUGCAAGACUCAGACAAAACUCUUGUGUUUUCGUCUACCCUUAAUAUGGUAAAAAGCCCAAUGGGUCUUACUAUUUUAAGUGAAAUAAACCAGACACAGACAGAUACCACAUGUUCCUACUCAUUUGUGGAAACUCAAAAGUUGGUCCCAUUGAAGAACUGAGUGCAAUAGUGGUUGCUAGAAAUUGAGAGGGUAAGAAGUUAGAAAAGGGCACCAAAACAGAGUUAGGAAGAAUUAGUUCUGACUUUAUGUAACAGGAAACAGUCUGUUGUUUGGCUACAGUAGCAGGGUUUGGCUGCAACAAUCUAUGAUAUACUUCAGAAUAAUCAGAAGAGUAUGAAAUUUCCAACACAUAAUAAUGACUAUUUGACAAAAUAGAAGUGCUCAUUACCCUGACUUGAUUAUUACACAUUUAUAUAGCUAUCAAAUUAUCAUAAUGUGUCCCAUAAGGAAGCACAAGCACUGUCUAAAAAAUUAAUUUUGAAAAAGUGAAAUGUAUUUGAAAUUCAGUUUGUUGCAUUUUAUAAAAAGAUGGUUUAAAGCCCAAAAGGAUAAAGACCAUCGAGCUUGGAUUUCCUCUGUUGAAAGAGGAGGACAUUUCAUUAGGAUCAGAGAAAGUGGCAGAGCAUCUUCUUGCCCCUUUUCAGUACUGUCUGCACCAUGGCAGAAGGCAGGCCAGUGACAGGGCAUCCCACUUGAGUUGCCUUGGUGAUGCAAGAAGCUCCAGAGCACACCUUCAGGGACUAUCAUGUUACUCUGACUUACUGAAUAUUUAUGGGCACUUAAAUUUGAUAUAAUUUGAUAAAUAUCAAAUGCUAUAAAACUGAAUAUUUAAUGAUAUAACAAAUAGUUUUAGACAUGUGUGUGUUUGUAUUCCAAUCAUUUUGUUUCAACUAUUUGCUAUUGAGAUAAGGAAAAAUGAUUUUUUAGGGCACUCAGUUAAGAUUGUGACACUCCGAAGAAAAGAAAUGUAAUCAUUCCAACUAAAUAUGAUUUUUCACCUCAAUAAAAGAAGAAAAAUCUUUGGAAAUACAGAGACAUUUACAAGAAAUAGUUGAAAGGAGAGGAAAAUUAUUCUUAAGUAGCAGUUGCAAGCAUUUUCUUAUCUCCUGGCUUUGUAAGUAGGGCAUAAGGUCAGAUAGAAGAUAAUUUCUGCUCCCGCCUUAGGGUCAAGCUUAAGAUAUGGAAGUGAAAGUUCUUCAUAUGGUCAUAAGACACUUUCAGGGAUAAAAACAUGCCAUAAACACUCAGGAGCAGAUGAGUUACCACUGAAUGUUCAUUUAGCUUGUGAAGCUUUUAUACUGACUGAUUAGGUAGGCAAAAUCAGAACUAAAAUAGAAGUUUUACAGCUUAAGAGGAUCUAUUUUACAGUUAUAUUUUAUGUGCAGUUCUAUAGAAAAAUUGCAAUGUUUACAGAAACUAUUUUCACAAAUCUUUUAAAGUUCUGAAUGACAGUAUUAAGUUAACUCUGAAUGUGGGCAACUAAUACUUAGUGUGGUUUCUGAUUCAAUUUUUGUGCUUCAUUCCUCACCAAAAAGUUAUUAAAUGAUGACAGUGUAUCCAAAGCACGUCUUAAAAAUGUGAGUGCCUUUCCUUAUUGCACCCUUUUAGUGACAGAGGUAAUUACUGUUUUUGCAAGGGGCAUAGAAUCGGGGAGCCAGUGGCAAAAGACAGGCCUAUUUUCACUUGAAUGGUAGAGACCAAAUAAUUUAAAAUCAUGUCUCUGUUGGGUGUAGGGGCUACUCCUGACUUAUAAGUAAGAAUUAGUCUAUUCAGGUGCAACUGUUGCCAGUUAGUAUCACUUGUGUACCUUGAUACCUGUGUAGCUUGAUACUUGUGACAAAUGAGCUGUAAACUUGAUUUAACUUGAAGUCAAAAUUUAACCUCAGGAUUGAUGAGGCAUUUUAGAAUUUUGUUAUCAAGUUAGAGUUACCUUUAUCAUCAUGUCUUCUUUUAGAUUACUCCUCAGAAUGAGGAAAAAAAAAA